CGGGGACGGUCCGGCAUGGGCCGCGCAGCCGCCGGCUGCCCGGGUCGCCGCGGGCAACGGCGCCGGUUGCCAGUCAGGCGGCGGCGCCGAGCUCCCCCGCGGCGGAAGGCUGGGGCUUGCGGGCGCAAGAGGGCGCGCCCCCGACGGAAGGAGCCGCGUCUCGAGAGAGCAGGGCAGGCGAGACCUGGGCAGGCCGAGCUCGCGACCCGGGAGAGCGGCCGCAGCGCCAAUUCCCGGGACCCGUGUGCGUCCCGAGACGACUGGCGCUGUGCUCAGUCCAUGCACGAGUUCUCGGCCAAGGACAUCGAUGGACGCAUGGUUAACCUGGACAAGUACCGGGGCUUCGUGUGCAUAGUCACUAACGUGGCCUCGCAAUGAGGCAAGACGGACGUAAACUACACUCAGCUUGUCGACCUGCACGCCCGAUAUGCUGAGUCUGGUUUACGGAUCCUGGCCUUCCCUUGCAACCAGUUCGGGAGGCAGGAGCCAGGAAGUAACGCUGAGAUCAAAGAGUUCGCUGCUGGCUAUAACGUCAAAUUCGACAUGUUCAGCAAGAUCUGUGUGAACGGGGACGACGCUCACCCGCUGUGGAAGUGGAUGAAAGUGCAGCCCAAGGGGAGGGGCAUCUUGGGAAAUGCCAUCAAAUGGAACUUCACCAAGUUCCUCAUUGACAAGAACGGCUGUGUGGUGAAGCGCUACGGCCCCAUGGAAGAGCCCCUGGUGAUCGAGAAGGACUUGCCUUGCUAUCUCUAGCUCCACAAGUAUGCGCCUCCCCAGCCCCUGCCCUGCCCCUUGGAGCCUUCCACCCGGCACCCAUGACGGUCCGCCUGAAAACCAGCCCGCUG